CACAGUGAGGCGGGCGCCACGCUGGCUCGUGCUCCUGACUGUGUGACCUGCUCUCCUCUGUCUCAAGGGCUUUCUGGUCUCCCCCUUGCCCUUGGCACUCUGACAGUUUGGGACUUGCCUUCCACAGGGCUCUGCGUUCCUCCCUCGAGGAGCCCAUCCAUCUAGACGCUUGAGUGUCUCCGUUCUGGGACAUUUUCCUUGUUUGAUGUCAGGUUUCCUGAACUGAUCCUCCGAGCCUCUUGCUUUUCUCUCCUUUUUACUCCCCCCUGAUUUCAAUCCACAGCUCUUCCACUGGGCUUGGUAAGCGCUGGCCCUCAGUUUUCCUUCCCCCGUGCUUCUCCGUGUUUUGACUGUCCGUUUUCCAUGGCGUCUUCGUAAAGACGCCAGGCAAGCAGGGUCAGGGGUGUGUGAACGUGCUCUGGGCCCCUCCCUGUGUCCCUGCCGGCCCCUGGGAGCCACCUCUGAGGUCCCUCAUGGCUUCUCCAGUGUGGACACUGGUGCUGCUGGUGGGUGGCCUGCGCCACGUGGCUGCCUCUGAUAGACCAAGCGCACAGAACCAGAAGUCUCUGGAAUGGAAGGUGAUACCUCACGGCUCGAGGGGCAACUCUGUUCUCACCCAGUGUGAUUUUGAGGAUAACUCCAAACCCCUCUGUGACUGGUCCCAAGUAUCUGCAGACGACGGGGACUGGAUUCGAGCCAGUGGGCCCUCCCUGACUGGCACUACCGGGCCCCCCGGAGGGUACCCCAAUGGAGAUGGCUACUACCUGCACAUGAAUUCCAGCCACUUCCCCCAGGGCGGGGUGGCUCGCCUGCGCAGCCCUGACCUGUGGGAGCAAGGCCCCCUCUGCGUACACUUCGCCUACCACAUGUUCGGGCUGUCCUGGGGCGCACAGCUGCGGCUGCUGCUGCUGGCCGGCAACCAGGGCAAACGCCCCAGUGUGCUCUGGAAACACGUGAACACCCAGAGCCCCUCCUGGAUGCCCACCGCGGUCACCAUGCCCGCGGAGCUCGCCCUGCCCAGCCGGCUCAUAUUCGAGGGGACCAGGGGCAACACCGCCUACCUGGACAUCGCUCUGGAUGCCCUCUCCAUCCACCGGGGCACCUGCAAUCACAUCUGCGUGACACAAAUGUGCAACUUUGACACCCUCAACGACCUCUGCGGCUGGAGCUGGGUCCCCACCGCCUCCGGGGCCAAGUGGACCCAGAAGAAGGGGUCAUCGGGGCAGCCAGGCGUGGGGCCUCAGGAUGACUUCUCCAACCCUGGCAAUGGCUUCUACAUGCUCCUGGACCCCAAGAACGCAAAGCCGCGGCAGAAAUCUGUCCUCCUGAGCCCCCUGAGCCAGUCGGCCGGCUGCCUGACCCUCUCCUUCCACUACACCCUCUGGGGCCAGUCUCCUGGGGCAGCCCUCAGCGUCCUCGCUUCAGUCUUGGGAAGCAUCCGGAAACACACCCUCUUCUCCGGGCAGCCCAGCCCCAACUGGCAGCCUGUGUCUGUCAAUUAUUCGGGACCAGGACAGAUACAGUUCACUGUGGUGGGCGUGUUUGGAGAUGUCCCAGAGCCGGCUGUGGCGGUGGAUGCCAUCAGCAUUGCUCCCUGUGGGGAGAGCUUUCCCCAGUGUGUCUUUGAAGAUGCAGCCCACCCCUUCUGUGACUGGCUGCAGGCAUCUGAGGAUGGUGGACGCUGGGCCUGGACUGAUAAAGAUAUGCUGGCCCAGGAAAGAAGCCUCAUGAGAGAGUCCCCUCACACAGGGCACCACUACAUCUACCUGGAGGCUGACAAGUUCUCCCGGCCUGGGCAGUCCGUCCGGCUGGUGAGCCGGCCCUUCUGUGCCCCGGGUGACGUCUGUGUGGAGUUCAGUUACCACAUGUACGGCCUCGGGGAGGGCACCACACUUCAGUUCCUGCUGGGGAGUCCCGCAGGCAGCACCCCAGUUUCUCUCUGGAACCGUGUGGGGUCUCAGAGCCCGGACUGGCUGAAUGCCUCUGUCACCAUCCCCUCGGGACAUCAACAGCCCAUGCAGCUGGUUUUUGAGGCCAUCAGGGGCAGCAACACGGCCUUCGUUGUGGCUAUGAGUUUCAUCUUGAUCAACCAUGGGACCUGCCACGUACCUGUGCCACCAGUGAUUCCUAUCAAAACUUUAGUUAUCCCCACAGAACAGCCCACAGUCCCCGCUGAAGGUACUACCGAGCCCCCUGAAGGGACCAUCGAGCUCCCUGAAGGGACCACCAAGCUGCCUGAAGAGACCACCGAGCUGCCUGAAGAGAUCACUGAGCCCCCUAAAGAGACCACCAUCCCCACAGAACCACCCACUGUCCCCACAGAACCACCCACUGUCCCCACAGAACCACCCACUGUCCCCACAGAAAAGCCUACAGUCCUUACAGAAAAGCCCACUGUCCCCACAGAAGAGACCAGCAUCCCCACAGAACCACCCACUGUCCCCACAGAAAAGCCCACUGUUGCCACAGAACCACCCACUGUCCCCACGGAAGAGCCCACUGUUGCCACAGAAAAGCCCACUGUCCCCACUGAAGAGACCACACCCCCUACAACAGCCCGCUCCACCCUCACAUCCCUUGAACCAACCACACACACCCCAAGCACCUCUCUAACCAGUACGACCCUGAGCACCACCACCACUCCCAGUCCCACCACAGUGAGCUGCCCUGCAAAUGCCCACUAUGAGUCCUGUGCCUGCCCUGCAUCCUGCAAGCAUCCCAAGGCCAGCUGCAAGCCACCCUGCCAGCCAGGCUGCGUCUGCGAUCCCGGGCUCGUGUUUAGCAACAACAGCUGCAUCAAAGCCUCUUCCUGCCCUUGCUUGUACAACAACAACAACUACGAGCCUGAGGCAGAGUGGUUCAGCCCCAACUGCACGGAGCUUUGCCACUGCUGGCCAGGUGGUCGGAUUGAGUGCCAGAUCUCCCAGUGCAAAACACACACCAAAUGCCAGCUGAAGAAUGGCCAGUACGAAUGCCAGCCCUAUGGUACGGCCACCUGCUUUGUCUACGGAGACCCUCACUAUGUCACCUUUGAUGGGAGACACUUUGGCUUCAUGGGCAAAUGCACCUACAUCGUGGCCCAACCCUGCAGCAAGUCGACAGACUCCUUCUUCAGGGUGACGGCGAAGAAUGAGGAACGCGGACAGGAGGGCAUGUCCUGCCUGAGCAGGGUUGACGUGACCCUGUCCGAGACUGUGGUCACCUUGCUCAAGGGCAGACGCACGCUGGUCGGGGGUCAGCGAGUCACCCUCCCAGCAAUGCCUGCUAAAGGCGUCUUCCUGGGUCCGAGUGGACGGUUUGUGGAGCUGCAGACGGAUUUUGGUUUGCGGGUCAGGUGGGACGGCGACCAGCAGCUGCUUGUGACUGUGCCCAGCGCCUACUUCCAAAAGCUGUGUGGCUUGUGUGGAAACUACGACGGCCACAGCAGCAACGACAACCUGAAGGCAGACGGCCAGCCUGCUCAGAGCGAGGAGGAGCUGGGCAACAGCUGGCAGUGGGCCCAGGACGAGGACAAGGAGUGCCAGAAGAACCAGGCAAACCCCCCGUCCUGUGACACGGCCCUGCAGACAAAGAUGUCCGGGCCCCAGUUCUGUGGCCAGCUUAUGGACUCGCGCGGAGUGUUCGAGACUUGCCUGCUCCACCUGAAGGCCUCGUCCUUCUUUGACAACUGUGUGUUCGACACGUGCAACUUCCAGGGCCUGCAGCUGAUGCUGUGCGCCCACAUGUCGGCUGUGACCGCCGCCUGCCAGGACGCUGGCUAUGCCGUGAAGCCUUGGAGGGAGCCCCAGUUCUGUCCCCUGGCCUGCCCGCCCAACAGCAGAUACUCCCUGUGCACCUCGCCGUGCCCCAAAACCUGCCACACGGGGUACGUGGGCAUGUCCUGCCCAGAACAGUGCCUGGAAGGCUGCGAAUGCAACCCUGGCUUCAUCCUCAGCGGCCUGGAGUGUGUGCCCUCGGCCCAGUGUGGGUGUCUCGACCCCUCGAGGGGCUACUUCAAGGUAGGGGAGCAGUGGUUCAAGUCAGACUGCAAACAGCUCUGCAUCUGUGAAGGCAGCAACCAGAUUCGCUGCCAGCCCUGGAAGUGUGGACCCCAUGAGGUCUGUAGCCAGCAAAGUGGCAUCUAUGGGUGCCACUCGCAAGGAAGUGCCACCUGCAGUGCCUCAGGGGACCCCCACUACCUGACCUUCGAUGGAGCCCUGCACCACUUCAUGGGCACCUGCAACUACGUCCUGACCCAGCCUUGCAGGCACAGGCCCCAGGAGAACUCCUUUGUCGUGAGUGCCACCAACGAGAUCCGCGAUGGCAACUUGGAGGUCUCCUACGUCCGAGCUGUCCACGUGCAGGUCUUCAGCCUCAAAAUCUCGCUUGUCAAAGGCCACAAGGUCGUGCUGAAUGGCCGUCGGGUGGCCUUACCCGUGUGGCCCUCCCGGGGCCAGGUGACCGUUAGGCCCAGUGGCAACUUCAUGCUCCUCUACACUAACUUUGGGCUUCGUGUCCGCUAUGACGGGAACCACCUGGUAGAAGUGACGGUGCCCUCCUCGUAUGCUGGCCAGCUCUGUGGGCUGUGUGGCAACUACAACAAUAACAGCUUGGAUGACAUCCUGGGCCCAUACAAAAGGCCCGUUGGGAACUCCGUGCAGCUGGGUGCUGCCUGGAAGCUGGAGGAGGGCUCCGAAACCGGCUGCUUCCUCCAGGGCGGCAAACCCUCCAGCUGCCACGAGGACAUGGGAGACACAUGGAACAAGAACUGCGAGGUCCUCGUGAACCCCCUGGGGCCCUUCUCUCAGUGCCACAAGGUGGUGCCCCCAGAGGUCAGCUUCACCAGCUGCGUGCAUGGCCAGUGUGGGACCAAGGGCGACAGCCUGACCCUGUGCCGCUCUCUGCAGGCCUACGCAUCCCUCUGCUCCCUGGCCGGCCAGGCCAUUGCCUGGAGGACUAACACCUUCUGCCCUCUGAAGUGCCCACCCAACAGCAGUUAUAGCCCCUGUGGGAGUCCCUGCCCAGGCACCUGCCUCAGCCUGAACCACCCGAAGGACUGCCCCAUCACACUGCCCUGUGUGGAGGGCUGCGAAUGUCAGAACGGCUACAUCCUGAGCGGAACCUCCUGUGUGCCCCUCAACCAGUGUGGCUGCACCGACUCCGAGGGCUCCUACCACCUGGUCAGGGAGAGCUGGUACACAGACAACACCUGCAGCAGGCUCUGCACCUGCUCCCUGCACAACAACAUCACCUGCCGCCAAACCGCCUGCAAGCCUGGCCAGCAGUGCUGGGCCGUGGACGGGCUUCUGCGCUGCCGGGACUCGGGCAUGGGUGUGUGCCAGGUCACAGGGGACUCCCGGUACCUCAGCUUCGAUGGCAGCAGCCAUCCUCUCCAGGGUGCCUGCACGUACGUCCUGGCCAAAGUGUGUCACCCCAACAUGGACCUGCCGUUCUUCAAGGUGAGCGCCAGCAAUGAGAAGUCGUCAGCAGGCGGGACCAACGCUGUGUCCCUUCACCAGGUCUACAUAGAGUUCUCUGGCUCCCUGGUCACCCUGCAGAAGGGCAACCUCGUGCUGAUCAACGGUACCCGGGUCGCCCUCCCCGCCACCUCCCAGAUCCGGGGGCUCAACAUCAGCUCCAGCCGCACCCACACCAUCGUCAGCUUCUGGAUCGGAGCCCAGAUCAAGUUUGACGGCAAUCACGUCUUGAAGAUCACAAUCCCUGCAGCCUAUUAUGAAAAGGUCUGUGGCAUCUGCGGGAACUACAAUGGGGAGCCCGAAGACGAACUGAUGAUGCCCAGCGAUGAGCUAGCCGCCAGUGACCUUGAAUUUGUGAAGAGUUGGAAAGAUAAUAACAUUGACCCAAAUUGCCAGAAGUCCCAGGAAGGGAAAGGAAAACCCCAGGAGGAGCAGGGGCCAAGCGGGUCCAGCAAGAAGGCCAGCUGCAGCCCGGCCGACCUCCAGAAGGUGCAGGAGCAGUGCCAGGCAGCCCUGCAGACACCCGCCUGGGCCGAGUGUGCCUCCCGUGUGGACCUCAGGCCCUUCCUGCUGGACUGCAUGAACAGCCUCUGCGAGUUCCGAGGCUCCCUUCAGCCUCUCUGCAAGGCCCUGCAAGCCUUGGGGGCCGCCUGCCAGAGCAAGGGGCUCCAGCCCCCUAUCUGGAGGAACAGCAGCUUCUGCCCUCUGGCAUGCCCGGCCUACAGCACCUACACCAACUGCCUUCCCUCCUGCUCGCCUUCCUGCUUUGACCCGGAUGGCCGCUGUGAGGGCGCCAGAGCCCCUUCCAGCUGUGCGGAGGGCUGCACCUGCCAGCCUGGCUACGUGCUGAGCAAGAACAAGUGUGUGGCCAAGGACCAGUGCAGCUGCAGGGAUGCCCAGGGCGGCUCCAUCCCUUCUGGUAAGAGCUGGGUCUCCAGCGGCUGCAGCCAGAAGUGUGCCUGCACCGAGGGCAGCAUUCAGUGCCGUGCCUUCCACUGCCCCUCAAGGUCCCACUGCAAGCUCAACUCCAAUGGCAACAGCAACUGCGUGUCUGAAAAGUCAGACCAGUGCUCAAUCUUCGGGGACCCCCAUUACCGCACUUUCGACCGCUUCAGCUUCGGCUUCCGAGGCCGCAUGACCUACGUUCUGAUAAAGACGGUGGAUGAGCUCCCCGACGGGGUGGAGCGCCUGCUUGUGCAGGCGCGCAACAAGAUGUACCCGCCCUGGAACAAGGUCUUCCUGCAGGAAAUCAUCACCACUGUCUAUGGCUACAAAGUCCAGCUCCAGAGGGACCUGGUGCUUGUGGUGAACAACCAGAAGAUGGCCGUCCCCUACAAGCCCGAGGACCGCCUGCGGGUCAGCAUGCAGGGCCAGCGGCUGUUUCUGAUCACCGACUUCGAGAUGGUCGUCAGCUUCGAUGGCAGGAACGCUGCUGUGAUCACGCUGCCCAGCAUGUACCAGGGGCUGGUGCGCGGCCUGUGUGGGAACUAUGACUCGGACAGGAGAAAUGAGAUGAUGCUGCCCAAUGGCGCCAUCACCACCAACGUAGACGUCUUUGGCAACAGCUGGGAGGUGAAGACGGAGGACUCCGUGCUCCGCUUCCGCAGGGCCCUACAAGUGGAGGCAGAUGGAAAAGAGAAAGAGACAGGCUCUUACAGGUCGGAAUGCAGCCAGGAGCAGCUGGCACUCGUCAACAGCACCCAGGCCUGCAGGGUGCUGGUCGACCCACAGGGCCCCUUUGCUGCGUGUCACCAGACUGUGGCCCCAGAGCCCUUCCAGGAGCACUGCGUGUCUGAUCUGUGUGCUUCCCGGGACCCCAAAGAGCACGAGGAGUUGCGCUGCCAGGUGCUCAGUGGCUACAGCAUCACCUGCCAGGAGGCGGGCAUUGCCCUGGCCGGCUGGCGUGACCACACCCACUGUGCCAUGGUGUGUCCAGCCAACACCAUGUACCAGAGCUGCAUGACGCCCUGUCCAGAGUCCUGUGCCAACCUGGCAGCCCCCAGGGACUGUGAGGGCCCCUGUGUGGAAGGCUGCGCCAGCCUCCCAGGCUAUGCCUUCAGUGGUGCCCAGAGCCUCCCCUUGGCCAACUGCGGCUGCACCAGCAACGGCAUCUACUACCAGCUGGGCCACAGCUUCGUGACUGCGGAUUGCUCUCAGCGUUGUACCUGUGCCAGCUCGGGGGUCCUGCUGUGCGAGCCAUUCAGCUGCAGACCAGGGGAGAGCUGCACCCUGGGGAAUCUCACCCGAGGCUGCUUCCGAGAAAGCCCGUGCCUGCGGAACCCCUGUCAGAAUGAUGGGCGGUGUCGGGAGCAGGGGACCAGCUUCACCUGCGAAUGUGAACCCGGGUAUGGAGGGCACCUCUGCACGGAGCCGCGGGAUGUCCUAUUGCCCCCAAAGCCAGACACGUCCAACUUGGUGGCCAUCCUGCUGGGAAUGCUCGUGUCCCUGGUGGUCACUGUGCCUGUGCUGGCCAGAAAGUGUGUCUCCAGGAAGAGGCGGCGGUGGAGGGAGAAGACGCAGUCUGAGCCGAGAUCGGCUCCUGGGCGCAGGUGAGCAGCAGCCCCACCGCCCGGCAGCACCUUGGCAGCCUGGAGCCCAGCCUGCUUCCGAGCCAGGUGUCCUCAAAGGUGCCCAGUUCUGAGUUGUCUCAGACAAGGAGAAGCAAUAAAAUCACUUAUUUUUGA